CAUAAAGUUGGGCUGUUCAGAUCGGUCGUCUGUUCACUCACUCACCUCCCAGGUCUUCCACAGUCAAAAUCAUGGCUUUGUUCAAAUCAUGCAAGAUUAUUUCCAGCGUCGGAAGUCAUUCCCCGGCUUUGGGGAUGCUGCAUAUUCGUGCAAGCUCAUGGUGGUCAGAGGUGCAGAUGGGCCCCCCUGACCCCAUCUUGGGGGUCACAGAAGCCUUCAAACGGGACACCAACCCCAAGAAGAUGAACCUAGGAGUCGGGGCGUACCGUGAUGACCAGGGCAAGCCGUAUGUCCUCAGCUGUGUCCGUAAGGCUGAGGCUCUGAUCACAGCCAAGAAACUGGACAAAGAAUACCUUCCCAUUGUAGGACUGGCCGAAUUCUCCAAGGCCUGUGCUCAGCUGGCCCUGGGUCCUAAUAAUGAAGUGCUGAAGAGUGGCAGGAACAUCACUGUCCAGAGCAUCUCAGGAACCGGAUCCCUGCGAGUCGGUGCUAACUUCUUGUCCCGCUUCCACACCGCGUCCCGGGAUGUUUACCUGCCCAAACCCUCCUGGGGGAAUCACACCCCUAUCUUCAGAGAUGCAGGCUUGCAGCUGAAAGCCUACACUUACUAUGACCCAAAAACCUGUGGCUUUGACUUCAAAGGAGCCCUGGAUGACAUCUCAAAAAUCCCUGAGAAGAGUAUAAUUGUUCUGCAUGCCUGUGCACACAACCCCACCGGAGUGGACCCAAAGCCUGAACAGUGGAAGGAGAUAGCUGAGCUGGUCAAGAAAAGGAAUCUCCUUGUGUUCUUUGACAUGGCCUACCAGGGCUUUGCCAGUGGAGAUAUUGACAGAGACGCCUGGGCUGUGCGUUAUUUCAUUGAGCAGGGCCAUAACAUCUUGCUGUCUCAGUCCUUUGCCAAGAACAUGGGCUUGUAUGGUGAGCGUGUGGGAGGAUUUACCAUAGUGUGUAAGGAUGCUGAGGAGGCUAAGCGUGUUGAGUCCCAGCUGAAAAUCCUCAUUCGACCCAUUUACUCCAACCCUCCCAUGAACGGCGCCCGCAUCGCCUCCACUAUCCUCAACACGCCCGAGCUCUACAAAGAGUGGCUUGAAGAAGUGAAAGGCAUGGCUCACCGUAUCAUUAAGAUGAGGGAACAGCUGGUUGCCAACCUAAAGAAGGAAGGCUCUACCCUCAACUGGCAUCACGUCACCGACCAGAUUGGCAUGUUCUGCUUCACUGGGCUCAAACCAGAGCAGGUGGAACGUUUAACAAAAGAGUUUUCUGUCUACAUGACUAAGGAUGGCCGUAUCUCGAUGGCUGGCGUUACGUCUGGAAAUGUGGCUUACCUGGCACAUGGCAUCCAUACUGUCACCAAGUGAAAUGGUCGCACUGCUGUAGUUUCUCAGGGGGGUAUUAGCAUUGGCUAGGAUAAAAAAAAAAAAUAAUAAUGAUUUUAACCCUUUACUUAAUUGAACUGUCACUGCUCUUCUCUCCCAUAGAGACGGAUCUAAAGUAGGACAGUAGCCCUAGACUUCAUUUUGAAAAGGUUAUUUUGAUUUGCACUUAUUGUUGUUUACCCGUGUCUAGGUGUAAAUGAGUGGCUCUUAGUGGAUCUCUAUAGAUUUCUCAUUGGCACCCCUCUGACAUACUGGGACAUAUUUGCCAAAGUAAAAUUUCUGUGUUGGCUGGGUACCUUUAGUAUCAUGCCCUGAUAUUUGGCUAUGUGUUCACCUUUUUUUUGUUGUACUUGUUAAUUUUAAAUUUUCACCAUUAUGCUCUUAACAUAAAAAAAAAAAAAAACUCUGUUGAUGGGGAUUUGAUGCAUUACACUUGCUGUAUGCUGAGUAUAUUUUUGCUGGAAACAACGAUCAGUUUGAUAAACUCAAAUCUUUGCUUCAGACCCUCUUGUUGUCUCCAGUUAUAAGUAUAUGAAUGGUAUUGUCUUUGCAUAGCUAGAGAAAUGCCUCAAAUCUUCAUCACAUAAAUGUCUGGUGGGAAAAAAAAGUGGUGAGCCAUUCCUCAGGUAGUCUGGCUAUCAGUGAAAUAAUGCUUUGGGAAGUACUCCUUAUGUCAGAUGCUGUGAGUUUAAAAUGAUUAAUUUAAUCAUGCUUUCUCUUUUAAUCAAAAACGCUUUUAAUGCGGAGUGUCAGGACUCAAAAUGUACAACUGUCUACGGAUAUGUACAGAUAUCUGGCAUAGUACCAUGUCUUCCCAAAGGUUACCUUGAAAAUAUGUUAUUUUUAACCAACCUUACUGAUCAAGUACUUAAACUGACCAUUUGAAAAUUAACAAAUGCAAAGCACUUUAUCGUGAAAAAUUAUUCCAAAAAUUUAAAAAUGUCUUAUUGUUAGUGAUAAAUCAGCCAUUUACCACAAAGUAUUCAUGUCACAGAUGUGUGAUUCUCCCUUCCAUCCCAUUGUUCAGUAACAAUAAGACAAUCCAAAAGAGCAGACUUAAAAUCAUAUGACAUAUAAUGGGACACUGAUGGAGUGAGUGACAUUCUUAUGAAUGGAGAUGAGAUAUAAACUGCUUAGAUUCUUUGAUUGUGAUGAUGGCUUGGCUGUAGUGUUUGCCCAAGGUGUGCUUUUGCCCUUGCAAUUUGCAUUGUCAUUCAACAGCUUGGAGUAUCACACACACAGUUCCUGAAUGUAUUUUGCACUGCUGUUGUGUGUCUGUCUGUGUGAAGAAAUGACCUGAAAUAAUGAUGCUGCCUUUUGUUUGCCCUUUAAGAUGAUCAAAGUACAGUCUCAUCUUAGUUUCUCUGUAAGUGAAAAUGUUAAUACCCUGUUUUCCCUGAGAAUAUUAUUAUUAAGUUGGAUCACACCUCAUUUUGGAGUAGUAAAGCCCAUAGAAACCUUUAAUUCCAUAUAUGUCAUAUACCUAGGAGAGCUAUUAAAUUAACAGAUGUAACAUCUGUUGAGUUAAACGGGGCUUUAUUUUCAAGAAUAGCUUUAUAUUUAUAGUCAUGUUGAUGAGCACUUUAUGGGUUCCUGAAAACAAGGCAAAUGGUCAUUUUUAUUUCAAAGUGGCAAAAUUCUGCCACGUGGGGCUUGUAAAGAAGUUCUUAUCUUAUGAUUGCACUAUACAGGGACAUGUCACUUUGUGUAUGACACAUCCCAUUGUACUUCCAUCUAACCUGAGCUUCCCAGCUAAAGUAUUUUGUGGAUUUUUAUAAGGUUCCAUGUGAGAUCUGGAAAGUGACAGUUCAUAUGAAUGGUCCUGUGAAAAUUUCCCCCUCAUUCCCUGUUAUUUUCUGUAUCCUAAAUGAGAAUGUGAUUAUACAAAAAAGCUGUAAUAACAUACCCAGUCAGUAACUCUCAAAUCUGCUUCCUCUACAAUAAAGAAAUGUACUGGUCAAUGUGCAUGCGACUCCUGCAGCAGACAUACAAUUUACAUAAAGGUGAGCUUUAAAAACCC